UCUUCUUAAUUCACAUAAUAAGCAACAGAGUUAAAUACUUUGGUGUUAAUUGUUGUGAUAGAUCAUUGCUGGGGUGGUCCGCUGUAAAUUUGGGGUUUUUCGUUGCCAUUUUGACGUUUUAAGUGUCAAUUGUGUAGUGGGGUUAUUGUGUUUUUUUUUUUUCAAUUAAGAUUGUUUUAGUCGGUGAUUAGAGCAUUGAUGAUUGAGAGGAGGCCCCCGGGUUGAUUUCCGUGCAAGCCCCCCUUUAAUCAUGAAUGUGUUUCAGCCAUGUCGCAACACCUCGGACACGGUGCCCCUCUACCUGCCCCAGCAGCUCUACCUGAAACCAGCUGCUUGUUUGACCAUCUCCAUCCAAUUGCCCAACAUAAAAAAGCUGGAAAAGAGCAUUUCCCACUGGGAAAUCAUGGAAAAACUGCGCUCUUUGAUCAGCCCCGACGAGUUCAGUGUCCUAAAAGUGUCCAAAACUACUCUCAACUUGGUCCGAUUUGAGGCCGAACUCGAGAAUAGGACUCGCUUAGAGCGUGUCGUGUCCAAACUGGACAACAAUUCCAUCAAAUUGAAGGAAUUCCCCGAUUUGUUGCGGGUGAAAGCGAGCGAAGUGAGGACUGAAUUUCCCACGAGGCAUAAAUGGGACGCGUUUUUCCAAGAGGCCAAAGAUAUGGACGAGAUGAAGCCGGGGCAAAGGCCCGACACCGUGCACAUCUCUAAUUUACCCCGGAAAUGGUUCGUUCCUUAUCAUUUAGCCGAAGACGAGGAUGCAACACCAUCGGAGAAAAUGUUUUACCGGAUUUUUGAAAAGUUCGGACAAAUCCGGUUUGUGGAUAUUCCGGUGUGUGACCCUUACCGGAAGAAAAUGAAAGACCACAUUUCCGGGAUUAAGGCACAUCCGGUCGAUGACAAGGAUUUUUUCGAGGGUUAUGUCCAAUUUAAGGAUUACAUCGGGUUUACCAAGACUAUGGAUGCCCUUAAAGGGAUGAAAUUGGUCCGAAAAGAGGAAGAUGAGGCAUUUUGUGUCAAUAUUAAGGUCGAUUUUGACCGUUCGAAGCACUUGAGUGAUGCCUCAAUACGUCGAAGAGAGAUAGUGAGAGAUAGACUUGUGAAAAAACAACGAGAGAAAGAAGAAAAGGAAAAAAACGAGUUGGAUGCUAAGAAAACAAAAGAACUUGAUGAGAGGCAAAAAGAAAUAACAUUGAAGAGUGAAAAGGAGCAAAGACGGCGAGAACGUGAACAAAAACGCAAAGCUAAACUACUUGAAAAGCUAAAAAUCAAUAGUUGUGACGAAAUUAACGAUAAAAUUGCCAAAGAAGAGAAAAAAUUGCUUAAAGCUCAGCGCAAACUCGAAGCUAUUAGACUUGUGGAAGAAUUAUUUAGACGAAUUAAGGAAAAAAAAGACGAGUUACAUAUGUAUAGUAAGACUAAAAGUGCAAGUGGGGAUGAACUCAAGAGAUUCAAAGAUAUGAGCGAAUUAGAAGUUUUGACCCAACGACAGAAGCUUCACAAUGCUAUUGAGGGCAGAGUCGUAUUAAAAAAUAUUUUAUCGGGCAAAAAAAAAUCACGUAGUCGGUCCUCGUCCAGCUCUGAUACUUCUCUAUCACUUGAUAAUGACCGAAAAGAUCGUAACAUUGCCUCUGAAGUGGUGUACGACCCCACGUGGUACAACUACCCUAUUUACCCGCCCCCUAUUCACGUGUACCCCCCUCGUGGCCGGUACCCCCUCCCGGGUCCGUCUCGAGGUCGGCCUUUCCGGGGUCGGGGUUUCCGGUCGCGCUACCGAGGGGGUUAUCGGGGGAAGUACUCGCAUUAUUCCCCCGAAAUGGAGGAGCAGUAUAUGCGCUACUUUUCGAAAUUCUUCUCGGAGCAUGAUCGAAGGUCAAGGUCACGAACAAGGUCGAGGUCAAGGAGGAGUUAUAGUCGUUCGAGGUCGAAAUCGAGACAUCGGUCGUAUAGUAGGUCAUCGUCAAGGUCGUACACGCCCAAGAGGACGAGAAAAAGGUCGCGGAGGUCAAAAACGAGGUCUAAAAGUGUGGAUAGUUCGAAGUUUGUCUCGCCGAGGAGUUUGAGGAGGAGGUCUAAGUCGUGGUCGAUGCCAAGGAGUGGGGAGAAGGGGAGGUCGUGGUCCAAGUCGCCAUAAUUUUUUAUUACGAGUUGAAUAAAGUUUUUUUUCUA